ACGACACGGCGCAUCAAAGGCACGAGAUCGCCGAGGCUGAUAGAGAGCCCGAACCGAAGCAGCAGCAACGGCAGGGACAGGGACAGGUCGAGACGCUCCGAACCGACCGCAGACGCGCCAGUGCACCGAAUCCUGCGAAUAAAAGAUGCUCCAGUUCGGCGGCAGGGUGCGCGGCGUUCCCGCGCUCGUCUCUCUGAUUCUGGUGGCGUUGGCGGCGGCAUCAUCUGAUCUGUUUGACAAUCAACUGGGCGAUAUCAAUUACUGCAAAAAGCAAUGCCAGAUGUCCAUCAAAAACAAAAGCCCUGCCAAAGACUCCAUCAUGAAUGCCUGUCACCGUGGCUGUCGGCUGUACUCCAUCUGCCAGUUUGUGAAUGGAAAUGCAGGCAUUAAUACCAGCAAGGAAGAGUGCCAGGGAGCAUGCCAGGAGGCCUACAGUAAACUCCUGGAGCAGGAGGCGUGCAGCACAGGGUGUGCCAGCCAACCCGCUGAGCCGGAGAUCAAGCGGAGAAAGCUGAAGGCUCUGACCAACCGGCCCAAGCCCAUCUCUGUGAUGGACGCCGUGUCCAGCUGGUGCAAUGACAUCGUCAGUUCCGCCCAGAGCUUCAUUUCUUCCACCUGGACCUUCUACCUGCAGGCUGACGACGGGAAGGUCGUUGUGUUCCAGAGCCAGCCAGAGAUCGAGUACUCCUUGCCUGAGUUACAAGCCCCGCGCUCCAACGUGGUUGACAAACCCUGGCCCCAAGUCAACUCCCACACACAGCGGCCACAUACUGGUGGGAGGUCACAUGGGGAGAGGAAUGCGGCAAAACCUGGGGUGAAAGGAAAGCAUGUCAGCCAACAUGUCGAGGAUCCAGCUGCCGAGCACGACUUCCUGGGCUGCAUGUCAAGGCGCUCAGGACUGCCGCGUUGGAUUUUAGCCGCGUGCCUCUUCCUGUCCAUCAUGGUGAUGCUGUGGCUGAGCUGUGCCAGUCUUGUCACGGCACCCGAGCAGCACAUCAAGACUCAGCUUAGCAUCAAUGGAGAUAAAGAGUUCAUGGAUGACACCCAGAAGGUGAACCCCUACCACUUGACGCCAGUGAUCGCGAUGACAAUCGGCCAAUCGGAGGAGAUCAAGGAGGCGGGGCCGCUCCCGGUCAAGGUCGACCUCAGCAAAACAUCUCUUUAAAAGCACAGAAGAGGUCGAUACUUUGAAGACUAGGGUUUAACUCAUCUCCAGAGCUAUUUCUCGCAAUUUAAGGGAAAGUUGCGUUGUUUUUCUAAAUAAACUAAAAAAAUGCAUGACGCCAUUUAUUAUAUCGUCCUGUCUGAAUACUAGUCUCCACUGAAUUCUCAAAACCUCAUGGAAUCGUAGUAUAGGUGCUUGUUCACAUAAUGUACUAACGCAUUGUUGACUAAUAUAUACAUACACUAGUAAUGUUUGAGCUCACGAACAACUUCGCAGUUGUGAUCCGUUCUUAUGGAAUUCUUGAAAAACGCACUGUAUAAACACGGGGGGCUCGGAUGCUGGAUUAUGCCACAGGGUUAUUUGUCAAGCUUUGGCCAGCGUUUAGCUUCUCCGAUGAUGAACAUUUAGUUUAGCGAUGAAUACUUUCAGUCCCUGUUAUUAAUUAGCGCAGCAUUUCAACUGGAAGAGAAGGUGAUCCGUUGGAGAGUCGCACUCAUGUGAAACGAGCAAAAGAAAAAUCAAAUGCAGCCAAUUAGCGAAUGAUCUGGUUUCGUAACUAUGUUUACAAAACAUGAAUGCGUCCUUUGAACUAAUAUGUAAUCAAACUGACAAGGACUCUUAAUUACUUUACAGAUUGUGAAUGCCUGUAAUUUGGAGAGUUGAUUUAGGAUUUUGUUAAAUUGUACAGGUAAAUAAAAAACCAGGAUAUUUUGUACGCAGGCAGGUAUUUUCAUUUGCAUAGUUCUGCAUCCAUACUAAGCCUGACUAAACUACUCGCGUUCACGUCCUAAAAGCAUGAUGUGUAUUUAUUUAUUUAUGUAUUUAUUCAAAGCUAAAAGCAACAGCAUAUAACGCCUGUAGUUUUUCAUGGAUUUUAUGAUGCUUAGUUGUAAAUUCAUUCCCAAUGUAAACUGUUGUAGAGAGGAAAACGCUUGCUGUUCAGACCGAAUGUGAAAUGUUGUAUUAUUCCAAUGUCUUUCCCCUGGCCUAUUGGGAAAACCGGUUGGGGGCGGGGUUUUGAAUGAAUAACACCAGGCUUUGACAAAUAUCUUUUGUAAACUAGGCUGUAGAAUUGAGUUUUCAUGGCACUAUUUGUCUUGUGCUGCUAUUUUUCCCCAUUUAAGCCCAGCCACAGUGCAUGCUAGUACGCUAUGAGACAUUGAAUAUAUCGUCCCAUCUAUUUUGGAAACAAACUGCUGUAUGCUUGUGAUCUUUGUGUUUUUGCUUAAUGUUCAGUAGGCAUUGUAAUUAUGACCAUAGAUUACGAAGUCAAGAGGUGCGAUACCUUAAUAAGCCAUUCAAUAUCUGCUGGUUCAUCAUUCAGUAAUAUCUUGAAGUCAGUAAUAUCUUUUUCUCUCUUUUGAACAGUUUCCCAUACGAUACGCCAUAAUAUUGAACAAAUAAAGUGUUUUCAUGUUGUAAUUAA